AUGUUCGCUCUCUUUGCUUUGCUGGCGGUCUCGGGAGUUAACAGUGAAUGGACACGAGUUGCAGUGACGGACCUGAAUGGUAAACCCGUUACGGGCGUGGGCAGCUCGACAGAUGGGAUGAUCUUGGCAGCGGUCGUCGGUGGUGGAACUGGACGUUCUUGGACAAGUUCAGAUGGCGGUGCGAGCUGGGAAGAGGGAGGAGACUACGCUUGGUGGAAGAAAGUGUCGGUUUCAGGAGAUGGAUCUUACAUGGUGAAAGGCUGUGGUGAGCUUUAUGCUUGCAACCUGCAACAUUCCACUGAUGGCGGAGCCACCUGGUCUGAUUCUGCGGGCACUGCCAACAUUGUGCUCAAGGAUUUGGCCAUCUCGAAAAUCGGAGCGAUUGGGAUCGCCGCGGCAGUCCCAGGCUCUGGUUCCAGCACACCCCAAUACCUUACGAUGACAGGGAGUUAUGGUGCAAGCUGGUAUGGAGCCACCUUGCCCGGCACUUCCACUUCUUGGACCUCGGUGAGCCUCUCUGCUACUGGCAUGAAGAUCGUCGCGGCAGACGGGGCGCAGGGGGGACCUCUCAAGGUCAGUGUAGACGGAGGUUCCAACUGGGACUCCCGAGGCAUACCGCAUUCACAAUACUGGAGUUCAGUCGCCGUCUCGGCGGACGGUUCGACCAUGGUGGCGUGCAGAAAGGACUCAAACAUUUACAUCAGCGUGGACAAUGGCACAACCUGGACCAACAGUGGUGGAGCAUGCCAGCAAGUGAGCAUUUCGGAUGAUGGCCAGAAGAUGGUUGCUUCUCCAGGAUCCGGCAACCCGUACGCCAUGCUUUACAGCGACGACAAUGGUGUCACCUGGAGUUCCAUCUGGGCCCGCGGAACUAUGUCGGAUGUGCAGAUUUCAGGGGAUGGCUCGCUGAUUUUGGCAGCAGACAAUUCUGGCCUGACGUUAUAUCGGGCUCCCACCACCACCAUGGUCACGACCACCAGCACCACCGCGGCCACCACGGCCACGGCCACCACGGCCACGGCCACCACGGCCACGGUCACCACGACCACCACGGCCACGGCCACGGCCACGGCCACCACAGACCCGAUAGUUUGGUUCCCAACAACACCCGUGGGCGGAGCCGUCUACAGCAGCCUCGAAGUCUCCAUGGACAUGGCCGUGGAUGAUCCGUCGAUCAUCAACAACAGCACCGUGACCGAUGCCAUGAUUGACGGGUUCGCGGAUGUGAUGGCCGUGGAUGCGGAUGACGUGACGCUGGACUUCAUUGUGAAUCGACGUCUGAGCUCGACAAGGAAGCUUUCGUCCACGCUGACGGCCAUCUUCACUGUGGUCAUGGAAAGCGUUGAAGCUGCCAUCGAGAAGCAAGUGGCAAUUGAGACGGUGUCCUUGCAGAAAACGACCGAAGCCAUCAGCACCGCCGUCGCCAGCACAGGCUUCACAGGCACUCUGGUUGUCACCGGCAAGUCGACCGCUCGCGUCGCUGCCCCGACCAGGGAGGAUGAGGUGCUGGAUGAGCUGCAAAGCCUGGAGCAGCAGAGGCGCGGAACCUUCCGUCGCUUGGAGAGUGAGUUCGACGUCGUCGGCAAGGUGUUAUCCUUAUGGGCCUUCCACCAGCGGCAGACGCUGGAGGAUGCGAACCCUGGGCAGUGCGGCUCUUUAUCAGUGUUGCGCAAGGUGGCCGCCCUUUUGCAGUCACUGUUUCUGAAGCUGCCGCCGCAAAGACUGCUAGCGCGCUUGGAGGAAUACCAGGAGUCCGAGGCACUUACUCGGAUCGCAUUGGCGACCGUACAUCAGAAUGCGCAGCUGAGGCUGCAAAUGGCUGUCAACUAUGCCGAAAACAAUGUCAUUCCGGUCAUGGUUGCGUGCCUGCAGUUGCUGCUUCGCGGCUACGAGCGGUCCGAGAGCGGCGCAGACUCCGUUCCCGAGGUGGAGGUGGCCUUUCAGCACCUUGCAGAGGAGAAGCUGCCAGUUGACGGCUGGUCCUACAUCACCUUCUGCCUGGAGGUGUGCUUGCACGUGCUUUCACACUGGUCCUGCAUUCGGGCGGCACAGACCAAGGCGGAGGCCCUGGAUCCCGGGGCAGCACCUGUGCGCUUGGCGUCGGCAGGCGUAGUGGACGUCCUUGCAGAGCUCAUCGAUGCACCCGCGGCAGGGGUUGAACUGCGAGAGCCACCCUCGGCGGCCGUGGUGCAAAAGGCCAAUGAGACGCUGCAAGCGCUGUUCGAGCGGAAUGGCCACAUCUGUCUCUUCUGCAUGAAGCACUACACAGAGGUGAAGCAAAUCCUGCUCGUGGGGUGCGAGAGCAUCGUAUCAGAUCCCCUCAGCGACCAUCCUCAGAUGCAGCAGGAGGCGAUUGAGCUCUUCUCCGGUGCCUUUGAGAAGUUUGCCAUGAAGGACGAGCGCCUGGGCAGGAAGCUGCUAAAGGCUCUGACGGUCCUCUUUGAGUCAUCCUACCAAUUGGUGGUGUGGUUUCUGCAGCAGCAGCCUCUGGGUUCGCUCCCAGAGACACACAGUCUCGAUGCUCACAUCGAGGCUGUGCGCGCCGUAGCGCGAGCCGGCUACUGGUCUGCCGAGGAUGCUCCGCUGCUGCCAGAGUUUGUGGCGGCGCUGGUGUCCACGAUGCUCGAUGCCGUCGAGGGGCACCUGGACUUCUCGAAGCCUCUUCGGGGAUCCGGCUGCCGGGUCAUCGAUCUGACCGAAGCAGAGGAGAUUGCUUCGAGCUGCACGUCCUCUGUGCUGCAUCUCAUGCUGAUCGACCCCUCACCUCCCACGGUGCAGCGGUGCUUGGCAGACUGCCUCGGGAAGCGCCUGACGCGCAAGGGUGGCGCUGGGUACCUGGCCCAGGACAAAACGGACGACAUGCCUCCUUUAGAAGAAGUGGAGCCAAGUGAGGCGCCGAACUCGGAGGAAGCGGUCAACACGGUGAUGAAGAUCAUGCAGGUCUUUCCAUCGUCGGACCGCCUCCAGAUGAACUGCCAGCACAUGCUGACUUCGCUCUUGGGUGAAUAG